UCACUUUGUGUGAACGUGCUUUAAAAGUUAUUCUGUCAUUGCUUAGAUUAUAGAUGCAAGGCAUAUAAUUUAUCACAGAGGAAGGAAAGAAUUGUGUGUUUAGACCUAGACAUGUAUCAUCCAACCAGAGGUGGCGUUCGUGGCGGUCGAGAUCAGUUCACUUGGGACGAUGUGAAAGUUGAUAAGCAUAGGGAGAACUACCUCGGUCACAGUAUCAAGGCUCCUGUUGGAAGAUGGCAGAAAGGGAAAGAUCUUUUCUGGUAUACCAGGGAUAAAAAGUCCCAAAAUGCAGAAAUGGAAGCUGCAAAAGAAGAGAUAAAAAGAAUUAAGGAAGAAGAGGAGCAGGCAAUGAGGGAAGCACUUGGCUUAGCUCCCAAGCGUGCUAACCGUCCUCAAGGUAAUCGUUUAGAUAAACACGAGUUUUCAGAACUGGUAAAGCGUGGGUCUACAGCAGAGGACUUAGGUGCAGGUCAUGCUGAAGCAGCAAGGGUCCAAGGUCUUGGUUUUUCAAGAGAACCACGCCCUUGGGAGGAACCUGGUUCUUCAAAGCUUUCAGUGGAUGAUGCACCAGCUGAGGUGGAAAAUGUGUCUAUUCCAGAUCAACCUUCAACGAAGACUGAAGAUGCUUCAGAAGAGGAAAAUAGAAGAAAGAGAAGACGAGAGGAGAGGAAGCAGGAGAAACAUGAAAAGCGUGAGAAGAAGCAUUCUCGGGAGGAUAGGAAGCAAGAGAAACGUGAGAAACAUGAGAAACGGUAUUCUCGUGAUUCAGAUGACAGGAAGAGGCACAAGAAAGACAAGGAGAGGAGGAGACAUGAUUCAGAUUGAAUUUCUUCUGGGGGUGUGUGUUGUCAUCUUCUAUGUGAAUUAGCAUGUUUAUUUCUAGUUCCAUGAAUAUGGAUGGUGUAUCUUGGUAAUUGGUUCCUAAUGGCCUGCAUGUUGGCACUGACAAUCAGGCAUUCGUUAAAUUUGGAAUUUGUGAUCAAGGGAAAUGAAGCCAGUCACUUGUGUUUGUAUUAUAUCACGAGUUCUCGCCUAGUCUUUCUCUUCCCUCUUAGAGCCAAGAACAAUGUUUCUAUCAUCUCUCUAGAGAUGCAAGUAUGCUCUAUUCUUGGAGAGAGAAAUCUUUGUUUUCUUUA